UUCCGCGUCCGUCGGUCUUAUCCAGCGCGCGCUAUCCAUCCGGUUCAGGUGUGCACGGCUCGAAAAGAUACCGGAAGGACCAGGGAGAAAUUCGCACCUGUUACAUCCGAGAAGAAUACUCGCGACAGACGGCUGUCACCGCGGGGAAGUACACGGAGGGACGUCGCGACGCCGAAGUCGUCACGACGGCGUAACAGAUUCCCAUAAGCCAAUCAAGACGAAACUUUUUCGUAAACGCGGACCAUCGGGUUAAGGGUGCCCUCGAGAUGCGGUGAUGGCUUUGUUGUAUAGGUUCGCGCAGCUGCACGAUCGCAGUGGCACGCGGGUCUUCUCCUUCGUCGUCACUAGGACCGUCGUGCGCGAUCCUGAGAGGGACGUCACGAGCAAGGAACUAGUAUGCGGCUUCCAACGAUGGGCCGUCGCUUUCUCACGCGGGGAAAAGGUCCUGGGCGUGUACCUGGUAUGGCGUGGCGCAUCAAGAAACCUCCGCGUUUACGUGGACUUUACGUUCACGCUGCUAAAUCGGGAACAUUUCUCCAUGAACGAGAGCUUCUCCGGGAAGCGCGUCAAGUUCACUUACGAGGCACCGGCCCAGGGCAACCGCAGCUACAUCGCCGUGUCGGAUCUCUACAGCCGUAACUUCGCCGACACGAACGGCGAGUUUCAGUUGGAGUUGUCCAUGGCGAACGUACGGACGGUCUACAUGACCGAGGUCAAAAUGCCAACAUCGGUACUCGGCCAGGCGAAACCGAGCAAGCUGGAGACCGAUUACUUCGCUUUCGGUGGUUUCGACUGGAACUUGGUUAUUUAUCCAUACGGUAAAGAGACGGAUAGCACUCGCGGUCAGGACGGUCGCGUGAGCGUCUAUUUGAUGAGACUAUCGGGCUUCGAUCACCGGUGCAGAGUGAGGUACAGUUUAGCUCUCGGCGAGGGCGAUCGGCGGAUCGACUCUGGACAAAUCGAAGACCUCUCCGACGCCGAGGGCUGCGGCUUCGGAUGGCACACGCGAGUCAAAUGGUCCGAUAUCGCGCAUAAGGGCAUACUUCGCGUCUCGCUGGAGAUGCUGGAAGCGAGGACCAUCUGCGAGGUCGCGGUGCAGGCGCUGGGCCCGUCGGUCCUACCAGCCGCGCCCUGCUACGACCGCGACAAGCAGGCUUGGGCUAUCCGCGCCGAUCUUAACUCCGACACGGUCAGACUGCACUUGGUGUACAAAGACAUCCACAAUGUGCCGAGGAAUCAUUUAAGGUACGUCAGUUGGUCGGCGUACUUGCUGAGGGGCGAGGGACCAAACGUCGCGGCGAUUGGACUGCCCGGCGAACCGUUCAGCCGCUACUAUGUUCAGGAGUCCGUCGACGAGGGUAUCAUCAUGGAGACUAGCGUGGAUAUGAACGAGGUUAAGGAGAAUCACUGUCCGUAUCUUACGGAUAAAGGUCAAUUACGGAUCCGGCUGGAAUGGCACGAGAGCCACCUGCUCUUCCAAGCAACCUACCACAAGUACGACGACGUGUGUCGCGUGCACAAUCAGCAGAUGCGACGUGAGAUCAUGUCGCUGCAGGCGGAGAAUUACAGUCUCGAGCGACAGUUGUUCAGCUAUCAGAAGAGCCUGGCGUACGCACAGGCGCAGCAGCAGCAACAGCAGACACAUCCGAAUCAGCAACAUUCGGUGGGCCAUCAGGGCCAUCUGGAGCGAUCGGCGUCCAGCGACACCGAAUACGCCUGACAAGUGGAACUCGAGUUACCAGCGU